AUGCACUUGGCCACUCUCGUCACCCUCGCCGCGACCGCCUCGACGCUCGCGACCGCCCGCCUCGACCGCGCGUCGCACUCGAACCGCGGCCGCUCGCACCCGUCGACGCUCGGCAAGCGCGCCCCGGCACCCGAGUCGUUCCGCUACUUUGCCACCGACGGCGGCAGCACGUUCGACUCGCACGACGGCGUCGUCGCCCUCCGCAAGCGCGGGGACGAGGCCCGUCACCUCGCCCGCGCCGACCUCGCCCGCCGUGCGAGGACGGCCGCCAAGCUCGGUCGCCGCGCCGACCAGACGGUCCACCAGUCGACGGCCAUCUACCUGAGCGAGACCGGCUGGCAGUCGGUGUGCGGCGAGGUCAUCACCGACGAAGCGCUCAUCGUCCUCCUCCCGCUGUCGCUCUACCCGGACGCCGGCGUCGCCUCGUCGCUGUGCGGCCAGUCCGUCACCGUCACGGCCAAGUCGACGGGCAAGACCAUCACGGCGACCGUCUACGGCGGCUCGGACCGCGACGACUACACGACCUUCUCGCAGGCGGCGUACCUCGCCCUCGGCGGCGACCUGGACGCGGGCGUCCUCGACGUCGAGUUCUCGCUCGGCGCCUCGUCGGCCGAGGUCAAGACGGACGAGCCGGCCGCGAAGCCUGUCGCCGAGCCGGCCGUCGCCGCACCUGUCGCUGCUGUCGCUGUCGCCGAGGUCGAGACGAGCGAGCCCAAGGCCGAGGCCAAGGUCGAGCACAAGACCGAGAAGAAGAAGGGCUCGAGCAAGAACAAGGCGGCCAAGGCGGCCGCAAACAAGGCCGCCGAGAAGAAGGCCGCCGCCGACAAGGCCGCCUCUGCCGCCGCCGCCGUCGCCAAGGAGCAGGCCUCCGCCGCCGACAAGCAGGCGGCCGCCGACAAGCAGGCCGCUGCCGACAAGGCGGCCGCCGACAAGAUCUGGGCCGACCGCGAGGCGGCCAAGGCGGCCAAGCAGGCGGAGGAGGAGGAGAAGCAGAGGAAGGCGGACGAGGAGGCCAAAUGGGCCGCCGACGAGGCGGCCAAGAAGGCCAAGGAGGACCAGAAGCAGCAGCAGGAGAAGAAGGUCGCCGACACGUCGUCGGGCAACAAGCUCGCCGCCGUCGCCGACACGAGCAGCAAGGGCAAGAGCCUCAUCGGCUACCACUCGUCCAACUGCGGCUCGUCGGGCGCCACCGACGAGGAGCCCAACGGCUCGCUCGACUGGCUCAACUGCGGCAUCUCCAAGUCGAACCCGUCGUCCGGCUGGACCCCUCCUGCCGGCGUCACGCUCGACCGCAUCACGACCGUCAGCUUUGAGCACGCCCUCGCCACCAACUCGGUGUGGGAGCCCUGCCGCAAGUGGACCGACCUGUUCGACACGGUCGCCGCCGAGACGGGCCUCCCGGCCAUCCUGCUCGCCUCGUUCGCCCUCCAGGAGUCGACCUGCAACCCGUCGGUCGUCGGCGGUGGCGGCGAGGCCGGCAUGUUCCAGAUCACCCACGACAAGUGCGGCGGCCGCAGCACGUCCGACUGCGCCGAGCCGUGGUACAACGCUCGCACUGCCGCCAAGUACUUCAAGGGCGAGCUCGACAACAGCGGCGGUCAGUUCCUCAAGGCUCUCGGCGCGUACAACGGCUGGUACGAGAACCUGAGCUACUCGGGCGCGACGGCCGCUCAGUGGAGCGGGUGCUGCCUGUGCCAGAACAACUUGGACUACCUCUACCAGAUGACGAACGGGUGGCUCAUGGGCCGCACCGGGUACGAGAUGGGCUCGUACCACAACCUCAAGGUCUGCGGACACCAGGACUAGACGUCGUCCCCCGUCGUCGUCCCUCUCUCCUCGGCGCCUUCCCUCCCUCCCUCCCUCCUCCUACCUUCAGAUACCCGCCUCCUUCUUGUCGUCAGUGCUGUGCACGGCGACC